AUGAAUUUUUUCAAGUUCUUAUAUAGAGAACCUAUUAAGCAUGAGGUGAACCAAAAGUUGAUAAAACAUGUUAUUUAUUCAAAUGAUGAUGAAUAUUAAGGAGAAUUAGUAAACGAUAAACGGCAUGGUUAAGGGACAUAUAAAUUCGUCUCUGGCAAUCGUUAUGAAGGAGAAUGGAAAAAUCAUUAAAAGCAUGGAAAAGGGAAAUUAUACUAUAAAAAUGGAGAAUUAUAUAUAGGUGAUUGGAUAGAGAAUAAAAAAUGUGGUGAAGGAAUGCAUUUUUAUAUUAAUGGUGAUAGAUAUGUAGGAGAAUGGAAAGAUGAUUAAAGAGAUGGGAUGGGGUUAAUUUAUCAAUCAGACAACAAUACUUUUUAUGGAUUAUUCAGAAUGAAUAAAAAAUUUGGAAUGGGCUAUUUGUUUAAUUCAAGGGAGAGAAAAUAUUAUAAACAACAGUAUGAAUAAGAUAAUCUAUUGGAUAAUGUAUAAAUAGAUGAACCACCUUAACUUGUAUUAGAGAAGUUCCAUGUAAAGGCUGAGAAAACUCAUAUUGAAAGAGAGAAAAUGGAAAAUUAUAUGAUUAAUAUUGUGACAAGUCCUCCUAUUUAAGUGGAUAGCGAUAAAUAGAAAGAUUAAGUUAUAAAUUAAUAAGGAGAAUAAGAUUAGCAAUAAAAGGUGGAUUGCUAAUCUAUAUAACUAACCAGUUCACAUCAACAUGGAUUUUUAAGCUUAUAGGUUCUGGAAAAGAUUGAUUAAUUUGAGAAUCAAAAGAAUAUGUAGGAAUGGCAACUAUAAGAAGUAUGUGGAUGGCUUGAUUCACUUGACCUAGGAGAAUACAAAGAUGAAUUCAUAAAAAAUUAAAUGACUGGAAGGACACUUUACGGAUUAACAGAUAAUGAAUUGAAACAAGAUUUAGGGAUUUCUGUUUUAGGACAUAGAAAAAAGAUUCUUUAAUCGAUAGAAGAGUAUAAAAAAUACUAUAUGAAAUUUAUGGAGGGCAAAAUCAGAUUUAAAAAGCCCUUAGAAUCCUUAGAAGAAAGAAAAGGUUUAUAUACAUCAAUUGAAUAAUAACGAUUUAAAAGCAUAUUCUCAUAUAUGGAGAAGAUUGAUGAGGAAUAAAAUGAAUAUCCGGAUAACAAUAAGAAAGAAUCAAGCAGUGAUUCUUAUAACAGUUAUAGAAAAAAGAGAAAUACAAAAGAAUCCCAAAUGUCUCCCGCAAGGUCGAUCUCUAAUGAUUCUGAUUAGAGCAGUCUUAGUGAUAAUGAUAAGUCUGUAAAAUUAAAAAGAUAGAAAAGUAAGAAAAGUAGAAAAUAAUAAAGAAAGGUUACAUUAGACUUAUAAAAAUCUGGAGAUUCUGCUGACGAUGAAGAAGGCAAAUAGCAUUUAUCAUCCCCAAAAUAAUCCCCAAAUAAAAUGAAUAAUAACACAAGCGAUUAGAAAGUAGACAUGCUUACUUUAAAUGAUUGCAUAAAUGGAACUGAAGAUAUUAAAGAUAAAGAAUCUAAUGUAACAUUUGAUUUUUCGAGACAAUAAUCAACAAAUAAAUAAGAAUUUUCCGAGUUUGUAUCUUCUAAAAGCCCUCCAUAAAUUAAUGUAACGAAUGAUGAACUAAACCAACUUCAAUUAGAAAAAUUAUAAUCUAUAACUUUAUAAUUGUCUCGUUAGAAAUCAGAACCUAAUGGGAACAAGUUCUAAGAUCAAGAUUCCUCAAGUUAAGAAUCAGAUGUAUCUGGAAAUGAUUCAAGCUCAGAUUCUUCUGAUGAUGAAAAAAUAAAAAAAAAAUAAAGGAGAUAAAAAGAAAUUAGAAAGGAAAAAGAAAAAGAUGACAGAUAGCAGCAUCAUUUGCCCAAAAAAUUGUUAUUUAUGCUUAAAGAGUUUGGCAUAAAUGAGAGAGUUCUUAUAGUUUUCCAUGAAUUGAUUAUAGGAUAAAUAAUAGGGGAAGGGGGAUAUGGAGUAGUGCAUAAAGGUAAGUGGCUUGGUUAAGAUGUUGCUAUUAAAUCUUAUGGUAAAAGGAAAUCUCAAGGAAAUUUGAAAUAUAAAAUAUAAAUGGCAGAUUUCUUAAAAGAAGUUGAAGUCAUCUCAAAUCUUCGCCAUCCAAAUAUUGUUUUAUAUAUGGGAGUUUGUAUUAGAAAAUAGAAUUAUUAUUUAAUCACUGAAUAUCUAGAAGAAGGUAGUCUUUUUGAUCAUUUACAUAAAAAGAAAACACAUAUCGAUCAAAAGGCUUUAAUGUAAAUAGUUGAGGAUAUAGCUUUAGGAAUGAAUUAUCUUCACGGCAGAAAGGUUAUGCAUUGUGAUUUAAAAUCAUCUAAUGUUUUGAUAGAUCAAAAUUGGAAUGUAAAGUUAUGUGAUUUUGGUUUAUCAAGAAUAAAUAAAAAAAUUGAUCAUAAAAUUAAUAAGGGAGCUAGAAUUGGUACACCACAUUGGAUGGCUCCAGAAAUUAUGAGAGGAGAAACAUAUUAAGAAAAAGCUGAUGUCUACAGUUUUGGGAUGAUCUUAUGGGAAAUUAUAACCUAAUAAAUUCCUUAUGAAGGCUUAUCCUAAACUUAGAUAAUUGGUUCUGUAGGGUAUGGUUAAGAUCAAGUGCCAAUACCAUUUCAGAGCAACCCUCCUAUUUUGCUUCAUUUGGCAAAGAAGUGUUUAAAGAAAAAUCCAGACGAAAGACCCACUUUUGCAGAUAUUGUGAAUGAAAUUCAAUAGGGACAAAAAACAGACGCAAAAUUGAAAAAAUAAGCAAUACGGCAGCUCAUUGACUUUUUUGAAUGA